GCUGCAUGUGCAUUGCGAGCGCUGCAAGGUUCAUGGGUUGCAUUUCAAAGACAAGGUGCAACGAGGCAAAGCUCAAGGGCACUCACGCCGGGAGUUUUGCCAAGCUGCUUCGGGACGGCACGUUCAAGAAGGAUUUGCAGGUGGAGGUCGAGAAGAAUGCCCAAUGCAAUUUGGGCGCGAGGCGUUGCCUGCGCCCAGCGUCCCGAGUCGACCGGGCUGACCGCGCCAUCAAGCAUUUGUUCGGGGCCGCGGGGAACGGGGCUGAGGCUGCGGGCGAAGAGGGUACUCACGCGCACAGAGUCUUCAAGGGCGGCGUAAAGAUCGCGAAGCCAUUGCCACAGUACAUCAGAGACUUCUUGAGCGCGGUGGACUCAUCUCAAGACCGCGGCCCGAGUCGCGGCCGACUGGUCCACUACUUCUGCGCAGCGGCGGUGUCCCAGGAGGCGACCGCGAUGCUCUGCGAAGUCGGCGGCCCAUGCUGUCGGUCGCGAGCCGAAUCGGUGGAUGUCGUUGUUGCUGCCGUGAUCAGCAUUCUCUUCGCUUUCGCGGGGGCGGUCGCGGACGUCGGGGCCGGAUCGCCGCGCGCGCCGAGCACGGGGCAGCCCGCCAUCCGCGGCAGCGGCGCUGCAAAAGGCAACCCGCACUUGAGGCUGCGCAACGCGAAGGAGACUUUGCACAAAGCGAUGCGCGCGCCAGGGCGGGCGCUCGACAUGGGCGGCCAGGCGCGCGUCGCGACGCUGGCCCAGAAGGACGUUUGCAGACUGCGCGGCAUGACCUCUGAAGCGAGGGUUGAGCUCGAGGCGCCCUCGGCCAGGGUCAGGGGGCUCGCGGGGCACUUCAAGGGCGACGCCAUAAGCGCCAACCAGUUGGUGGCGAAGGAGUGCAUUGACAUCGCCAAUGCCGCGGAGUGUGCGAGCGGCUGUUCUUUGGGCGACUCGCUGACCUGCGGCGUCGGGUCGUCGACGGCGGGGGCCUCCGCCGACGUCGCUGGCGCCCGGGCCGACGAACCCCUCAGGAAGAAGGCCGAGAAAGCUGGAAAGACUGAGAAGCGCCCGUGCCCAGGUUGCGAACGCCUUCCUGGAGACCCGCGCCGUUGGUCCGACCAGAACGAUCGGGGGAAAUGGCGCGCGGAUUGCUGCAAAGCCCGGCACAGCCUCCAUUCGCACAACCGCGCGCUCGCAAUGUACGUUGACGAGCUCAAGAAGAUCGACGUCGCCCGCCACCACCAGCUGGAGCCCAUUGCAAUCACCAGCUUGAGGCAGGAGUCCGAUGGCAAGAACGCCGCGCAUGCUGCUCUGGCGCAGCGCGCCGCCCUGCUGAAGAUCUUGCGCGGUUGGCUCGGGGCGCGCGCGGCGCCGCAAGUGCGCCUUCUGGCAGACGUCGUGGCCAACCGUGCGGGACUCGAGCUCAACGUUGAGCAUGACGCGAUGGAGAUGAUGGAUGGGCCGUGCCUCGAUGGCCACGCGCCGCUGCAUCCGAAGCUCCGUUGCACGCGCGCCGAGGACAUUGAACUCCUCGAGGGUUUCGGCGCGCAGGCGGCGAGCCCAACAGCAACGAGCACGGCUAUUGCCCCCGUGGGCCAGGUCCAGGAAGCACCUCGGGUGAGCACGCAGACCUCGGGUCACUUCUCAAAGGCGCCGAAGGAUCAGGCCGGCGCGGGCCCCGUCGGCGCGCGGGGCUGCCUCGCGAUGUCGACUGACGCUGGCGCGGGGCGCGCGUGGAUUGGCGCGGAGGGCGCCUUCGUGGAACCCCAUGGCUUGGCCCUCGACGUCCGGCCGCGGCAGGUCUUGCCCAGCGGCUUCGCGACCUCGGCCAAGUUGACCAAGCCUGCGGGUGAGACCGCGUUCGAUGUCCAGCCGCAUCUCGACGACCUCGCGGGCGCGAGGUCGGCGGCGCUGGAGGCGCGGGGGAAGGCGGCGGGCGACAGUGGCUCGUCCGAUGCUACGACCAUGCGCCCCUCGCUCAGCGAGGCGGUCCGCGGCGCCCGGUCGCCCCCAGCCGCGGCGCCAGCGAAGGCAGCCCGAGCGAGGGGUAGGUUCCAGAAGGGUGGCCUCUGCCACUCUUCUGGGGCGCCUUUGCCGCCUCGAACAUGGGGCGCGAGGCGCCGCGUGGAUCGCGCCAUCGACGAGUUCUCCGCCGCGAGCGCACGGGGCAACAUCGGCGACUCGAAGCUUCAGCUUGCGAAGAAGUGGCCGGACAUGCCCAUGUGGGGCGAGAUGCGCGCCGAGGGGUUGCGCGCCGACGCGCAGUCUUGCGUUCGGUCAAUCAUGGAUGACGCGGUCAACGCCGAUCUCGUCAUCAGCGUCGACCUCGCAUCCACCUUCGACCCCUUCGCUCGGCACAUCUACCCCGAUGGGGUGAGGAACGAGUGCGCGCCCCUGGGCGAGAUGGCUCUGCAGUUGAAGAGCCUGGCGGAAGCGUUCAUCAGCGACGACAGCGUCGCGAGGGGCACCCAGAGGGCGACGCUGGCCAUGGGCGCGGCGGACGCCCUGGUCGCCGAGCUCCUUGAGUGCAUCGCGAAGGACGCCGCCUGGGCCGGCAUCGGGGACAACAGCAUCUUGCGCCGCGCUGUGCAGGCGCUGGUCGAGCGGGCUACGACGAGCAGGGCCCAGGUCUCCCAGGAUCUCCUUCUUGGGCUGCACGGCUUAUCGGCCAUCAAAGUUGAGCCCGCGGAUGACGCAGUGAAGCCCGUCGACGGGUUGUUUCGCUCUUCCCAUGUUUAUGAAGGCGCGGCCCAGGCCAUGCGGGUCAUUAACCCCGCCGACCCCCUGGCUGAGCCCCCCGCGGCUUCGACCUUCAGGCCGUUCAAGGAACUCGCGGGGGCCGGCGCAGCAGGCUGCGACCCCCGGCCCGCCUGCCCGGCGCCGAGGGAUGUUCGUCUCGCUGCUGGCGGCAAGGCCAUUGGCCUCGCACUCCCAAUUCUCAUCGCGAUGCUGCAGGUGCAUGUCCGCCUCAACGAGGCGGCGCAGCUUUUCGCAUCCCUGCUGGCGACGUACCCCGGCACAGGUGCGUUACAGAUCAGUGAGGUCAAUCUGAAAGCUGGCACCGCGAGGAUGGUGCAGGUGCUCAACCGCGAUGUCGCAGAGCCCCAGUCCACUCUCUCCGGGGAGAACGCUGCCGCGUCCGCGGGCGACGGAAUCCUCUGGGCCGAGCUCGCGGACCUAGUCCAGACGACGGCGAAGCAGGUUCGGGCGCUCGCACUGCACUACGACGACGCCCUGGACGACAAGACGUUCGGCAGGGCUGCCGCGAUGACGAAAUUCAAAGCGUGGGCAAACAACAAGGACAAGCACUCUGCGAAGUUCGUGGAGCUGCACCGCCUCGGUCUCAGCCUGGGCGCGGCUCACGGGGAGACGGCCAUGCGAGAUGACGCAAAGACGCUCAGCCUUCUGACCUCUGUGCUCUCUGAAAAUGUAUUCAACGAGGGCUCCAAGGUUGCGACGGCUCCUGCCUAUCUCAACGCGUCGUUCACUCUCAGUGGUGGCCAACAGGAAGAUGGGGCGAUUGAGUUGCCCGCGAAACAGAAGGAUGUGCCCCGGCCUUUACAGGGCGCGCCCGAGGCCAUCGUUAACAAAGCUUGCAAACGCAAGGCCCAGUGCCCCAGGCAGGCAGCUGUUGCUGCCAUAUCGCUGCUGGCGGCAAGCAUAGGGAACAUGUCCGAGGCGCUCUGCCCUGACGCGUCCAGGCGCAUCGACCCGCCACUUAUCUCCUGGAAGCCCACCUGCUACUGGGGCCACUGCUCCGGGGGAGCGCAGUUUCAGGCGCCACGGCCGCCGCCGGGGGCCGAGGAUUGCCGCGAGUUCCAUUGGGGCCAUCGGCUCCAGUCCAACGGGCCGCGCUGCCUCCUUUGCAUUCGCAAUGUUCGCCCGCUCGCGCCGAAGACCUCGGCGAAUGGCAAGGGCGCCAGCCAGUCGACGGCCGGGAAGCAUGUCAGGGAGGAUGAGUUGAAUCAGCUAUUGCAGCAGGUGGCCGCGAAGACGGAGUCGGCGGCCCUCGAACCCAUGGCCUCGGCCGGGCUGGUCAAGCUCCAGGGGGCGGACGCCUCUGAGGCCAUCGCCCCUGGCAUGGGGGCUGAGGCGGCCAGGCGCGCCGCUGGAGCGUGGCGCGACGCCGCUCAUAUGCAUUCACGCACAGUUGCUGCCGCGGUCCGACUCCAGGACAACUUGGCGACGGCGGUCGGGAAUAAGGCCCAGGCUGCCAAGGUCCUGGCGAAGGCGGAGAAGGCUAAUAUGGCUGCCACAGAGGCGCUGGCGCGCGCGGAGGGCAUCUCUUCCGCCGCGACCGCCGCGGACUCAGCAGCUGGAGGCGCCGCUCAACCGAAGUUCAAGGCCACGUGGAACGAAGAGCUCUUCAAGGGGCUCGACGAGCUGGUGGAGUGCGAAGAGGCUGAGAGGGCGGAGUUGCGGCGCGCCCACUCUCAACUGCAGGGGCUCCAGAGCGCUCUGAGCGUCGCGGAGGCCGACGUCCAGAUCGCGCUGGGCAAGGCCGCCGCGGCGCGCAAAGUGGUGGGCGACCGCUUGGCCAAGAAGAUAAAGAAGUCGGUCAAGGAGCAGACGGCGCAUGGAGGCGGCAGCAGUGGAGGUGGCGCCGGCGGCGGCAGCGGCUCCGCCCCCGACGCCGCCCCGACGGCGAUGGAGACCGAGCCCGCCAGCGUCGCCGAGGCCGCGGCCCUCGCCGAUUCAGAGCAAACGGAGAAGCAGCGCCUCGACCAGGUCGCGGCCAGGCUGUCAGCGGCGAAGUUCGCGGCCCAGCGCGCUGAGCGCGACGAGCAGGAGUCGGCGGUGGGCAAGUCUAUGGGCGAGGGCGAGGGCAAGGGCAAUGGCAGCCACGCUGGCAAGAACAUCACGGCGGCUGACGGGGGCCCCGCCAUAGACGACGACGCCGACGACAUUCGACCGGGCCCGGACCUCGACGCGGAUCCCGACGGGGGGCCCUGGGAGCAUCUCGAGCCCAGCCACGCGGAGGACCUGGCCGAGCCCGAGCCGCCCGAGCACUGUGCGCAGCCCGAGCCCGCGGGGCCGCCGGUGUCGGCCACCCGGUCAUUCGGCGAG